AUGGCUCAACCUGUUUACGAAACACCAUUGGUGGAUACGCCUAUCUCUGCAUUAGCAUUCUUUCUACCGCCAACAUCACUGUUUAAACUGCAGAAAGAAAAGCUUGAAGACCAGCCUCUUUUAUUGGACCGCCCAUUGUGGCUCCCACUGGCCGCAUUGCCCAAAACGCGACGAAAGGCAAAUUCACUAAACUUUGCCAUUCGACGACUUGAAUCGCGCGCAGUUGGGCAACCGCCAGUAGCCGCAGAAAUAUCAACUCAAGCUACUUCCGCAUCUAGCACUAUCUCUUCUACAAAUGCUGUUCAAUCGUCUGCAAGUACAGCAGCACAAUCAGAGGAAGGACAUGGCAAUGGCCCAGUUACAUCGGUCUUUAUUACUACAACUACGAUAGAUCCAAAAUCCAAUGCAGGAAUAAGCAUUACCAGUCCAUCUGUAAGCAAAACUACUGGAAUAGCAAUUAAUCCUCAACUCACAAUCGCUCAAACAAGUACCAAUGGAGUCGCUGGUUCUGCGAUGGUCGCUACAACCAGUACUGCUCCAGUUCAAAAUACCCUCAUCACCGCGUCAUUUGUAGAUAGCAGCUUACCAUCUUCCAAAUUAUCAUCUGUAUCUACAUUACCAUUUACAGCGACUCUUACUGAUCGUAUCAUAACCGCAAACCCGACACAAACAGCUGGUGGUACAUCACUUUUGCCAGCUGAAACAAAACCCGCCGACGGGAACAAUCACGCAUUGAAUUCAGAAUCUGCUCAUAGUGGAUUGGGGGCUUCCGAAAAAGCAGCCAUUAUAACUGCAUCUGUAUUCAUCGUGUUGGCUGUAUUAUUCAUCUAUAUAUUUCGCAAAGUCACACUGCAGCCGUCGAGUCAAUUCAGGAGUCGUAUUAGCCAUCCAGAUAAGGACAUUGACCAAUACGCUACUGAAAAAGUACCACCUCCUAUGAAUACAUUUCCGAUCAUGAGUGCUUCUCGUCAACCAUUCUACAAUACAGAUGGCAAUAUGACAAAUCCGCUAACAAUCAAUACAAACAUUCAGAGGAUUGAUUCUCCCACUAGCCCGCAUGGAGUAACCCCAAUGCUACCUGCUGCACGUACUCCAAACGUGAAUGAUACACCAACAUAUGAUUUUGACAUUCAUUUCAGAACCUUUUCUCCUCUGAAAACAUUUAGAUUUGAUGGUGUACCAGAUCCAGAUUGUAAAGGAUAA